GUUCUACUCAGCCUACUGUAAGAAACACAUCAUGGUGGUGGGACACGGCCCGAACUGUACCCAUCCGAUGGUUCGACCACGGAAAAACAUUCCACUGCCAACCCAGUUCGACCUGAAUCUCUUUAAAAGCAUCAUCCACGGAAUCGACGACCGCCUGGAUCUGUCCAUGUCCAGAGGAAUCCCCGUGGAGACCGCCAAAAUGAUUUUCUCCAAGCAGGACCACAGACACAGGGUGUACGUCAGAAACAAAGACUGCUGGGCGUACGGCCUGGAUCUGACCUCUAUUUCUCCUUGGAACAGUUAUUAUGGAAACAAGAUGGCUGGGAUUCUUGUUUCACCUCGUCACAUAUUGUUUGCCAGACACUACAGAGUAGGCGUGAACACAAUAAUCAGAUUUGUCGACGUCAACAAUUUCGUCACAGAGCGUCGCGUGAUCGCCAUGCACCUGGUGAACAGAACGGAACACGAUACCGUCUUCGGCAAAGACAUCGCUGUGGGUUUGUUGGACAAAGAUGUUCCAUCGACCAUCAGCUUCGCCCGAGUGAUGCCGAGAGAGAUCGUGCAUUUCCAUCCACCAUCCAACAUCCGACUCCCGGUUAUGAGCACCGACCAAGAAGAGAAGGCGCUGGUGGAAGAUUUCGAUUAUUAUGUAGGCUCAGAGAUCUAUCUGAAGAAGCCGUUGGUGAACAGUACUCGUCACAAGUUCUUCGAGCUAUUCAUAUCGGGGGACAGCGGAGACCCGAACUUCUUUGUUAUCAACCAGGAGCUGGUUCUUAUCUUUGUGUUCACUACAGGUGGCCCUGGCGGCGGUACUAGCAUCGUGCACUGGUACGACCGGAUCAACAGCAUCAUGGAGCAGCAAGGUGGCGGAUACCAGCUGACUGAAGCCAGUUUACACGGAUUCCUCGACCACCAGCACCACAGUCUGCCUCAUCUCGUGGGAUAACUAACCACGGGGUGUGGGGGAAUAAAGUGGUCAUAUAGUCACGAAUUUCAGCCGCAGAGUGGCUGCAAAUUAAAACACUUGAAAACUGUUUUCGUUAAUAAAAGCAUUUAAAAUAUA